AUAAAGUGCAUCCCUGGCAACUAAAAAUUUGAAUUUCAUAGCGUUAUUUCUUUCCCACAAAGCUAAUGCAAAUUUUAAGUAAAAAUUAUCAAAAAUACCACCGAUUGCAUUGUGUAUAAUUAAACCAUAACCACAAAAUUUAUAUUUUAGUUUACUAAAAUAAUUAUGUUUACGGAACAGGCAACAUCAAAAGAAUUCAAAUUUAAACGAGUCGAACGUGGUGAGACUUCUAGCAAGAGAAUGUUCUAUGAAGAACAUGAUCGGGGUUUCGCCAAAAGGCCUAAUAUAAAGGAUUUGAAUUAUGCUUGUGGUGCUUCGGAUUUUUAUUAUAGUCCAAGAAAUUCGGAAACCAUUUACGAAGUUCCAGCAAUAGAAGAAGGCAAAAGAGUUGAAUGUAUUGCCGCCUUAAAUUGUCGCAAAAGCAACAAAAUGAAUAACAAAUUAUUUAUUUGCCAAAUAAUCGUCGCGUUUACUUGCCUAAUGGUGAGCUGCAUCAAUGUGUAUUUUUUGAUGCAAUUUAAGGUAAGUUGCGAGUCAAAUUUGUUGCCCAAUCCAAAUAUCGAGACACGGAUAAAGGAACUUGAGGAGAAUGGAAAAUCUUUGAAGCAAUACUUGAAACAGAUGGAAAAUAGUACAAAGCACUUGCUGGAUAUGGUUGAGCCGUUGCAAGCUUACGUUUGCUACAAUUUCAACCUUACAAGGGCAGAAAGGAAGGUUCUAGGCUGUGUUACUGGAUUAUAUAAAUAGGUUUUACAUUAUUAAAAUAAUAGUCUAAUAAGAAACUCUCAUAGCUUAAACAAUGAUUAAAGUUUAUCAUCGCCUAAUAAUUUCAAAUCAAAAAGGUAUUAUAGAAAAAU